GAACUAUACAAAGAAUCAACAAAAGCAGGAGCUAGUUCUUUGAGAAAAUCAACAAGAUCAUCCUUCCUGUAGACUGCAACUCGGACAGUCGGAGAUCCAUGCUUCGCCUCAGCUCUCAUACCUGUCGGUGCCCCUUCACCAAGAUCAUGUUCAAGAAAUUUGAUGAGAAGGAAAGUGUGUCCAACUGCAUCCAACUGAAAACUUCCGUUAUUAAGGGAAUUAAGAGCCAACUGACUGAGCAGUUUCCAGGUAUCAAGCCAUGGCUUAAUCAAAUUAUGCCUAAGAAAGACCCCGUCAAAAUAGUGAGAUGCCAUGAACACAUGGAAAUUCUUACAGUCAAUGGAGAAUUACUGUUUUUCAGGCAGAGAAAAGGACCUUUUUAUCCAAUGCUAAGAUUACUUCACAAAUACCCGUUUAUCCUGCCACACCAGCAGGUCGACAAGGGAGCCAUCAAAUUUGUGCUCAGUGGUGCAAAUAUCAUGUGUCCGGGUUUAACAUCUCCUGGAGUGAAGCUCUACACUGCUACAGUAGAUACCAUCGUGGCGGUCAUGGCAGAGGGGAAAGAGCAUGCCCUGUGUGUCGGAGUCAUGAAGAUGGCAGCAGCAGACAUUGAGAAAAUCAACAAGGGGAUCAGCAUUGAGAAUAUCCACUAUCUAAAUGACGGGCUGUGUGGCAUGUGA